UGUUACAUUGAACGGACAACAUGGCUGCGCCCAUGAGCCAUCCUCGGCACUGGACAAAUCUCCUCCGAUGUUCAGUGUGUUUUUCUUACUUCCAUGAACCCGUCACAUUGUUCUGCGGGCAUACUUACUGCAAAGGAUGUAUGCGGCGGAUGGCCGAGACAAUGGAAGAAAACCACCCGGAUGUCCCUGAGCAUCGACUGCGCAUGUGGUGUCCGACUUGCAGACAUGGUGUACCUGCGCAGAUGUUCUUGAGGAACGAUGCCAACAUCUCGUUUGUCUUACAAGAUCUCGUUGAAGGGUGGCGAGCAGAGAGAAGCAAUAUUGCCACAUCCGGACAAGUAAUGGUCCAUUCAAGAUCAACCCAAACCGACAACCCAUCAAGGACGCACCACCGUAAACCGGAAGUUGUCAGUAAAGACGAAAGCUACCUUAAGCUCCGCUCAGACAUUCAGUACCUCCAAGCGGCCAUCUUGUCCGGUGACUCGGACCAAUCAUGUGGAGACACAAAUGACAACCAGCGAGUCUAUGCGCGAAACAGUACCAGCGAAUCCAAUCUAGCCGACAUUCAAGAAUUUGAUGACCUCAACGAUGAACCAGUCGAUGACCUUGAGAAUGAAGGUGAAGGUCAUGACGCAGGUCAACCGGUGCGCGUUGAAAGAGGUCGACCAGGAUGGUCCCCGACCAGGACGUUGAUGGUUAUUGUGUGGGCUACGUACACCAUCGUUAUUAUGAUGGUAGCCGUUAAUUUCCUGCCCUACAUGAUACUUUACUCAGUUUUAUUCAUGGUAAUAAUUUACACAGACAGACUACCCAACAGAUAUGAGAUGUAGAUGCCUGUAUUAGUUCUUUUGAAGCUAUGGGCCAUCCUCGAGUAUCAAGGGUAUUAUAUCUCAAUUUUAUUGUGAUAAAGACCCCUGACCAUUUGACAUGUCAUGUCAAAAUGAAUUCU